AUGUCGGAUCCUUUAUCUAUCACUGCCAGCAUAAUCACGCUCAUACACGUCUCCGUCCAAGUGACUGUACUGAUCAGCCAGUUCUGCAAUGAGGCGAGCGCCGUGGAUACGACGCUGGCUGGCCUUCUAGGCGAUGUCGAAGGGUUCAAGCGAGUACUCGAGUCUAUGAAGGAGACUAUUAACCAGAACGACAUCAAAUCAAACUUGCAAUCGACUGGACAUACAGGCAGCCACUGGAAAAACCUCGCGCGCUCGUUGAACGAUGGCACCGACACCUUGAAGAAGCUGCACGACCUCCUGGAUAGUGUCAACAAGAAGACAUCACUGCUUGAUACUCAGCGGAAGCUAAUCCGGCUGAAGAGCGCUUCUGGACAAAUUGCGCAAUAUCGGGAGCAGAUCCAAUCUUCUCACACUGCACUUCAGCUUUCGCUUAGCACAAUCAUCCUUUGGAAUCAGGUAACCUUUCAGAGAUCGACUGAAGAGAUACCAGAUAAGAUCGUCCCAACAUUAGACAAGCUCUACGAUGAAUUCCGCUCAUUUGGCGCCCUUCUUAAUGCGAAAAUCGAGAAAUUGCAAGUCGUAGUUGUAGACCCGAAUGACCCGGACGACUACAAUCUCCAAUACAUGACCAAUUUACGGGAGUGUGUUCGAUCAGCCGCCGACGUUGUGUCAACCGCAUCAACAAACUUCAACGUAGAUUCAAACGACAAGGCUCCCGGCAGGUGUGGCUCUGAUUUUGGCGACAUAUUUAUCAAAGAUGCCAAUGAACCUAUGCUGCGCUGGUUCGCCUCAAAUACCGUAUACGAAUACGAGGAUGUGGAAGCUCCCAUACCCGCUCCUCCCGACGCUAGCACUGGUGAUGCAUUGAUUGAGUACCAUUCAGAUACUGACUCGGAUAUCGAGAACGAUAUGAUUAGAUCUUUGUUCAAAGAAGGCAAGAGACGUCAAGGGCAAGGUGAUUUGACGGGUGCGGUUCGUCGUUUCCAAAACUGCUUAACGAGGUUUUCUUCAAACGCGAGUUAUGCAUCGCUCACAACAGCACAAAUAUUGACGGUAUGCGGCGUGUCAAAGGUCGAACUGCUGGAGAAUAUCACCGAUUGCUAUCGCGCAUUAGGCUUAUGGGCCGAAGCAAAAGCAAUAAUGGAGGUGAAAUUACAGAUCACCGAGCAUCAAGUGGGUAAAAAAGACGCACUCUAUUUGAAGGAUACUAUGAAGCUCGCCGAGAUUAUGAUGAAGAAUCAAGACUAUGUUGACGCUCACCUUCAAGCUCGUCGGUCCCUUCGAGGAUUCAAGAAACUAGAAGACGAGGAAGAGGCCUAUGCAGCUUUACUUUCAGGCCAUGCAAAGGAUGUGCAUCGUUCGACUCCAAAGUCCCAGCCCGCCGAAUUGGAUCCAGAUAUCAUUCAGCAACAACUUCCAUCCGCCCUAGCCUUACAAGUUGAGCCAAAUAUUGCUAUCAGCACGACGAAACAGAAUGAUAAAACAAUUCCACAAUCACAUAAGCCUGUAGAAGAGAAUCUUCCACACGCGGAAACCGAAAUUGUAGCGUUUGGAGGUGAGGACGACCAACUACACCAUCCUAAGAAACGUGUCGAAGCCCCCCUCCCACAUGUGAAGUCUCAUUCCCCAGAAACAAGACUCAUGGAAGCAAAAGACGAUAAAAGUAAGAAGCUGAAUCAACAGAGUUCAAGUUUCUCAGAGAUCCAGCCUCCUACACUCGACACAACUGAAGAUCUUGAAAGA